UGGGGCUUCCCGGAGGCGGGCGGGCGGCCGGUCUGUCUCUCUGCCGUCGGCGGGCCAUGCGGCGCUGCGCCCUGCUGGCGUUCUUCGCGCUGGGCUACGCCGGCUACCUGCUGCUGGGCGCGCUGGUCAUCUCGGCCGUCGAGCGGCCCUACGAGAGCCGCCUGCGGGCCGAGCUGCGGGAGCUGAAGGCGGCCUUCCUGGAGAGCAGCCCGUGCCUGCCGGAGGCCGCCCUCGAGCGCUUCCUGGGCGCCGUCCUCAGCGCCAACCGCCACGGCGUGGCCCUCCUGCACAACGCCUCGGCCGCCCCGUCCAACUGGGACUUCGCCUCCGCCUUCUUCUUCUGCAGCACUCUCAUCACCACCGUCGGCUACGGCUACACCACCCCGCUCUCUGACGCGGGGAAGGCCUUCUGCAUCUUCUACGCCCUGCUGGGGGUGCCCUUCACCAUGCUGCUGCUGACGGCCACCGUGCAGCGCCUCAUCGGGGCCCUGACCUCCGGCCCGCUGGAGUACCUGGCCCUGAAGUGGGGCUACCCCCGGCGGAGCCUCUCCUGCGGGCACCUCCUCCUGCUAGCCGCCCUGGUGCUGGCGGCCUUCUUCCUGGUGCCCGCCGCCAUCUUCAGCAGCCUGGAGGACUCCUGGAGCUACCUGGACGCCUUCUACUUCUGCUUCAUCUCCCUUUGCACCAUCGGCCUGGGGGACUACGUCCCAGGGGAGCAGCCGGGGCAGCGCUACCGCCCCCUCUACAAGGUCUCCGUCACAGUGUACCUGCUGCUGGGCCUCCUGGCCAUGCUGCUGCUCCUGCAGACCUUCCACAAGGCCGCCGAGCUGCACGGCCUCUCCGACCUGGUCCUGCUGCCCCAGGACCCGCCCCACGAAGAAGAGGACCACGAGCGCAUCCUGGAGGGCCAGGAGCCGCCCUCGGAGCCAGCGGAGAGAGCGCCUGUCCAGCCCCCGCUCGGCGCCGGGGGGCAGCCCAACUACGCCUCCAUCAGCAGAUAGCCAGAGCGCCACGGCGGGGUGGAGUGGGGUGGGGGUCCCGAGCAGGCCUGGCACCUGCUGGAAGGAACCGUCUCCCCCCACCUCCACAGGGGGGGAGGCCUUUUCCCGGAAGGGCGGCUUCUGGCUCCCCUCCCCCCCCCCAUUUGCAGCCUCUGUGCCUUUCCGGGGCCUCUCCUGUUGAGGUCUCUGGCCCGAACGAUUCAGGUGGAGGGUCUCUGCGGGAUGGCUCUCCGGGGCUGUUCGGAUGUACCUGCGCCGCAGGUGUAUUUUUGACCCUUGGUGGGCGAGAGCCGGCCGGGGCUCAGCCUGUCCCUGCAGGGGGAGGGGAGCCGCAGUACCUCGGCCCACAGUCUUCCUGGGCACCACCCCCGCUGGGGGCCGGCCUCAGACCCCGCCCGUCUGGCAGGAAGUCCCGCCCUUGUGGGGGAGGGGCUGAUUUAACACGCACACACACCUGUUCUGGAUUUUGUA